UUGACUGUUUCAGAGGAGAUCGUAAACAAAUUUAGCGCAUUUGGACCGGUGGUUGUCGAUUGGCCACACAAGGCAGAAAGCAAAUCGUACUUUCCGCCCAAAGGAUAUGCUUUCUUGAUAUUCGAAUCUGAGUCGUCCGUGCAACGACUGGUCGAACACUGUCACGAGAGCGACGAUAAGCUGUACAUGUGUGUUUCAAGUCCAACGAUCAGAGAGAAGCCGGUGCAAGUGCGACCGUGGCUGCUGGCUGACACCGAUUACGUUAUCAAUUCGAAUCUUCCGCUUGAUCCGCGUAAAACGAUUUUUGUUGGUGGCGUUCCUCCUGAACUUGCCGCCUUCAUGGAUCGCAAAUUCGGCGGAGUGUGCUACGCAGGCGUCGACACCGAUCCGGACCUUAAGUACCCGAAAGGAGCCGGGAGAGUUUCGUUCUCCAAGCAUCAAAGCUACGUUGCAGCGGUGUCUUCGCGCUUCAUUCAGAUCCAUCAUGCUGAUAUCGAUAAAAGAGUAGAAAUCAAGCCCUACGUUUUGGAGGACCAAAUGUGCGAUGAGUGCCACGGUGCGAGGUGCGGCGGCAAAUACGCGACUCUGUUCUGUGCGCACAUUUCGUGCCUGCAGUACUACUGCGAACAAUGCUGGCUUACGAUGCACUGCAGGAACGGUUUCGAAUAUCACAAACCGAUGGUGAAGGAGGGUUCGGAACGACCCAGACUGCCGCAGGCUCAUCGCUGGAUGUGAUG